UCUAGCCUUCUCGCCUUUCUCUGUGUUCCAUGCUCUUAAGCUAUAAGCUGCUCCCACCCACAAAUAUGUCUCUGCUGUCUCUCUAGUUAUCUCUCUUGCCUCGCUUCUAUUGGGAGAUUGUGCUGCGGUGUGUGUGGCAUAUAGAAUAGCGAGAGAGGUCGGAGAGAGAUGAUGUCAAGGGAGCGCAAGAAAACGGCAGCUCUACAAGAUAAGCUGCAACUCCUUCGCUCUCUCGCCCACUCCCAUGCUCUGAGCAACACGUCCAUAAUCAUGGACGCCUCCAAGUACAUCAAGGAGCUGAAGCAGAAUGUGGUGAUGCUGAAUCAGGAAAUCGCUUGCGCGGCACAAGACUCGCGCAGCAGGCAGAGCUCCUACCCGACGGUGAACGUUGAAACCCUAGGACACGGGUCGUUCCUCGUUAAUGUGUUGUCAGACAAGAGCUGCCCGGGGCUUCUCGUUUCCAUCCUCGAGGCCUUCGACGAGCUGGGCCUCAGCGUCCUCCAAGCCACGGCCACUUGCGCCGAUACUUUCCGCCUAGAAGCCAUAGGAGGGGAGAACCUGGUGGAGAACGUGGAUGAGCACGUCGUGAAGCAGGCCGUACUGCGCGCCUGCUCCUCGCUGAGCGGCGGCGGCAACAAGCAAACAUAGCGCAAGCUAGCAGACCCUCGCCCUCGACCGUCAAGCAUCUCAAUAACAUAUAAUAUUAGUUAAUCUGGUGAUCUGGUCUAUCAAUUAUCUCUCUCUCUAUCAUAUAGUAUCUCCCUACCAUUCCUUAUUCGUCUACCGGUGGUCGAUGAAUCAUGAGAUGCCUAUUCUCGGUCGAGUAAUGUUGUUAGUCAGGAUGCAUGGUGGGGCAUAAUUGAUAUCAAUAUGACCACGCAUGCAUGAUUAAGGCCUUAAUCAUGUGUGAUGUGAGGUCUGAAAGCUAACAGCUAAACGGAGCCUUGUGUCUCGUACGUAUCAUAUAUGUACUCUUUCUCAAAAAAAAAAUGCAGGAUGUACAUGUCCA